AUGAAGCAAUUCGUCGCUCUCCUUGUGUUCAUACUUCUGUCUUCGCCUGUGCAUUCUGCACCAGCGACGUCCCCCAACCCACGAUCAAACGAAGCUGUUCUGCACCCUACUUUCAAUAAGGAAGCAUGUUGCAAGUGCUGGAAUGAUUUAUAUCACAAUGGAGCUGACUGGCAAGUCGCUCAUCGUCCCCGUCCAUGUGAUGGGGAUUGUACAUGCGACUGGUGCGGGACCAAUAACGCGAACGCAACUUACGGAACACCCUGUGCUGGAGCUGGAAGCCUAGGGAACUGGGGAUACUGCGUCGCCAACUGCGAUGCUCCUCCACCGCCUCCAUCAGGCACUUCAGCCACUCCGCCAAGCAUCAUCAAAACCUUACCUCCUACCACUCUUCCAAGCGAGCAUUCAAGCAGUAUCAUCAUGACACUACCUCCAACCACCUUCUCGACCGAAACGAAAUAUCACGAUCACCCAGACACCUCCAUUCCACCCCUCGAACUCAAACACAAGAGACAAGACUCAACGAUGACCUAUUCCAACGAUCCAAGCUUCACAUCUACCGAUAUCCCAGUCAUAACAGACAGCUCAUUCCCGUCCGCAACCGACACGACCAUCUUUUUCCCCACCGGAACAGAUUCUACAUCCUUCAUGCCGACCUCCUCCUGGGGUGGAGGGACCACCAUCGAGAACACAGGCACGUUGACUUUUGGAGGUGGCACCGAGACAAUGACAUUCGGUAGCGAGACACUUACAUUCACAUUCCCACCUGUUCCUGUAUUAAGUCUCUCAGCUGGCGGCGUUGAGGAAGAUAUCGAAGAGAGACAAUUCUUUCCCUUGACGCCUACAGGUAGACCGUGGACGACUGAGAGCGACUUACCUGUUUCGACGUCUUGGUAUGGAGGCGGACCUGGUUUCAGCUUGACAUUCACGGCUGGGGCUGCAGCUGCUACUGAGAACAUCAUUGAGAUUGAGAAGAAGCAGAUAAAUACUAUUACCUGGGGCGAGAGCACACUUCCAGCAAGCACUUAUUGGGGUGGAGGUGAGACGAUCACGAUAGGGGGAGAGACGAUAACUUUUGGUGGGAACCCGGGUGGACCUAUGAGUCUUACGAUUGGUCCUGAGGAUGCUGUAAUUACCGCUAGGCCUGAAGUUAAUGAAGAAGAUAUUGGGAAGAGACAGGUUGGAGUUAUCAUAACAGGAGGUCCAUGGACGGAAGAUAACGGUGCUACGUUCACUGAUUAUUGGGGGUAUCCAGGAGAAACGGUAACCCUGCUUGGUCCGCAUGGAGAUGAGACUUUAACCUUGAGUGGUACGCCAAGGCAUAUCACACCUCCAGCUACGACUAGUUGA